AUGACCGAGGAGCCCUACGAGAAGUUCCUGGCCCCCGAGGAGCCGUGCCCGCUGCUCUCGCACCAGCACCCGCCGCGGGGCGGCAGCUUGAGCCUGAGCGAGGAGGGCUGCCUGGACGUCAGCGACUUCGGCUGCCAGCUCUCGUCCUGCCACCGCACCGACCCGCUGCACCGCUUCCACUCCAACAGGUGGAACUUGACAUCUUGUGGAACCAGCGUAGCCAGCUCAGAGUGCAGUGAGGAGCUGUUCUCAUCAGUUUCAGUUGGUGAUCAAGAUGACUGUUACUCUCUAUUGGAUGAUCAGGAGUUCACCUCUUUUGAUUUGUUCCCUGAGGGUAGUGUCUGCAGUGAUGUCUCUUCUUCUAUCAGCACAUACUGGGAUUGGUCAGACAGUGAGUUUGAAUGGCAGUUGCCUGGCAGCGACAUUACAAGUGGGAGUGAUGUACUUUCUGAUGUUAUACCUAGUAUUCCGAGCUCUCCUUGUCUGCUUCCAAAAAAGAAAAACAAGCACAGGAACCUUGAUGAACUUCCAUGGAGUGCAAUGACAAAUGAUGAACAGGUUGAAUAUAUUGAAUAUUUGAGUCGCAAAGUCAGUACAGAGAUGGGCCUUCGAGAGCAACUUGAUAUUAUUAAAAUUAUAGACCCUACUGCUCAGAUCUCACCUACGGAUAGUGAAUUCAUUAUUGAAUUGAACUGUCUCACAGAUGAAAAACUGAAGCAGGUGAGAAACUAUAUCAAGGAACAUGGACCUCGUCAACGGUCUGCAAGGGAAAGCUGGAAGAGGAGUAGCUACAGUUGUGCAAGUACCAGUGGUGUGAGCGGUGCCAGUGCCAGCAGCAGCAGCGCCAGCAUGGUCAGCUCAGCAAGCAGCAGUGGUUCUAGUGUUGCUAACUCCGCUUCAAACUCGAGUGCCAACAUGAGUCGAGCGCACAGUGAUAGUAAUUUGUCCACAAGUGCUGCAGAAAGAAUCCGGGAUUCAAAAAAACGUUCCAAGCAACGGAAACUACAGCAGAAGGCCUUACGCAAGAGACAGCUGAAGGAACAAAGACAAGCUCGUAAGGAAAGACUGAGUGGAUUAUUUCUUAAUGAAGAAGUGCUCUCCUUAAAAGUGACUGAGGAGGACCAUGAAGGAGAUGUGGAUGUUUUAAUGUGACAGGGGUGAAUUUAUCAGUGUUCUUUCUAAGCCUUAAAUGUAUUAUCCUUAUUGUUUACAUAUAUUUCUUGACCAAAUUUUGAUUAGUGUUAACAGUAUGAACCAGAUCUUUUCUCAAGUGUAACUUUGGUAAGAAGGUCUAAGUAUUGAGGAACUUCAGCUUUUUGAGACUAAUUUUGCAACAAAGACUCCAGAAACUUAACUGUCUUCUGAAAAGCUGCUGAAUAGAUACAAUUUUAAGGAAAUCUGAACUCAGCUAACAUGCUGACUUACUUGCAAGAUGUAAAUCUAGGGGUGCUUUUGGAUGACAUUAAGCAUGCAUUAUUACUGUGCUUCAGCUUUUUUUUUUUGCUUUUUUUUUUUUCCCAAUUUAGAGUUACUAUAAUGUUUGGCUUGUUCUGUCUUCCCUUCCCAUUAUUAGGAGGAUUGUUUAGCCUAGGAAAAAAUCUUUAGUUCUAUAGGGCUUUCUUCACCCUUGCUCUUGGAUCAUACAAAAUUGAAGUAGUGUGAUAAAUCCUUUUCUAGAAGUUGUGAUUUAACUAAAACGACACAGAAAACAGAAGCAGGACUUCUAAUGCAGGGAAUCUGUAACACAGAUAAUGCCUAAUAAUGUAGUUCUUUAGGAAGCAAUCAGAAUUCAGAAAAACAACUUGCAAGCUAGGUCUCCAGAAAGUUAUUUUGCUGCUCAGUAUCUUAUAGUAUGAUUACUACUAACUAAUGGUUGACCAGUACAUCCCUAGUAUUGCUAUGAAAAGAUUCAAAUAAAGAUAUCUUUAUGCAUUCAAAGUACACUAAUCUGCAAUUAAGUUGUCUAGGACAUUACUUCACAAUAGUUUAAAAUGCUACUGGAAACAGAAGUGCAAACAAGUGGCAUACAACUUUGGUGGCUUUUUUACCCAGAAGCAUAUCUAAAUAGAUUCAUGUUGUUGACAGGACAACUUAAUGCAGCUGUGCUUUCUAAUUGUAUGUUUAGCUGAGGAUGUGUCUUCUGUGUGGGUUGUUACACCAUUAUGUGUUUCAGGAUUCUCCUUUUAUUGUCUAUCUGCUUUUGAAAUUUCUCUUGCUAAAAUGUGAGGUAAAAUUGUGGCUUUCAGGUGGGGAGGUAAAAGUAGUUUUAACCUGUUUCCUAAUUCUGACAAUCUGUAAGGUGACACUUGCCUUUAUCUUGGAACUACUUGUUACAGAAUGCCUUUCCCCCACAGCUGAGCUAAAAGUGAUACUUCCAAGUUUCAGUGUGAAACUUAAAAGAUUAUAAAUGUAUUUUCUAGUUCUGAGUUUAGGAAGUAAUUUUUCAUUAUCUUCAUGUUUCUUUAAUUUUGCUCAUAUGAAUUGAGGAGUUUGGCAGUUUAAUGUGGCCCCAGGUACCUGUAAUUGCAGGAUAUAGCCCAAUCCUGCAGAAUUGCGUGAUCAACUUUAUAUAGGACUGCUCACAUUCAUUUUGCAUGUCCUGCACAGACUUACUAGCCCUGACAGCUGAAGUAUUUUUCUUUCAGAAGUGGCAUUCCUUGUAGCCUCAAAAUAAACUAACCAAUAACAUAUCUGAACAAUGGCCUCUGAAAAGGCUUUGAUAAGAAGUGAGUGAAGUUCAUAGUCAGUCUAGUAUUUGUGAACUUAGUCACUCUUACAGCUGCUAGACAACAGGUACCAGACUUGCCCACUGACUGAUGAAAAGCUGCGUAAUGUCAUUUUAAACUCAAGUGUUAGCUAUCCCAUGUGGCCAGAUACUUGGCCACUAACCAGAAGGGGCUGUUACCUGUCAGUAUUUGUUUGUGCUGCACUGUAGCUGUUGAUACCUGUCUGCCUUCUGUAGAAACAAUACCAAAAACUUCUUAACAGUAUACAAGUUACUGAGAAUUUAGAUUGACUUAAAUCCGGAGCUUCUUUUAAAUAUCUUGGAUGGGAGAAAAAAUUGAAUUGCUGUCAAUUCAGCUAAUUUCAGGGUGCAGUCGUUGAGCUCUUGCAACUUACAAUGGCUGUAAUGGAUGAAUUCAUCAUGAAACGUUUCACUGUGUAUACACUGUCACAGUUCAGUACAACCUUUAUUUUCUGAAGUAACUUUGAAAUGUAAUUUUUUUUUUUAUUUCCCCUGAAGAAAAAUGCACACUUAAUACUGUAGAGAAUUGAAACUGAAAUAAAUUGUAAGAAAAGCAAGGUAUCUCAGUGUGGUGGAGCAUGAAAGUGUGUCACUUUAUGCUGUUUCAUCAGCUUUUCAGUUUAAAAUCCCUCAAGCUUUGUUGGGAGAAGACCCCCCUCAUUUUGAUGAGGUACGGUUCUUUUGGUGACCUGUCCACUAGCUCCUAGAGAUCAUGAAAUGAGGGAGGAUAGUAUUUCCAUCUUGAUCUUAGUGUGAGCGUGUAAGUGUAAACUAAUUGAAAUGAUUACAUGGAUCCAGUUGCUCAUCUGUUACAUUGGAUGAAAAGGUCCUGGGUGCCACAGUAGCUAAUUGUGGUAUGUCAUCCCCAGCUGGGUACUUCAGUUACUUGUAUAACAAUUAAAAUGACAGAAGAGAGUGGAUUUCCAGGGGUUCCAUGGUAAUAAUUUAUAGCUCUGUAAUCUCAUAGUCACAGGAUGCUAAUAAGAAUGACCUAAGAAUACAAAACUGAAUGUUCUGAUAAGAAUGCAGAAUUAACAUCUUGCUUACCUGAAUCUUUGUUGAGUACUUGGCAUCUCAGGGCAUCAGGCCUGAAGUAGCUGUGGGAUUCAAGAGUUUUCACAUACUUCUGCAUGUUCGUUUUUUUUUCCCUUUUUCUUUUCUCAUCCUUCUUAGUUCUAGUGACAUACUCAUUUUGUGGAGGGGGAGAGGUGAUUUUUGUCAGAUUCUUGUCUUUCCCUGCAUUAUGCUGUCUGCUUACCCAGGGAAGUCAUCGUCAAGUCACCAUCCCUGAAGGUAUUGAAAAGAAGUGUAGAUGUGAUGCUUAGGGACAUGGUUUAGUGGUGGACUUGGCACUGUUAGGUUAAUGGUUGGACUCAAUGAUCUUAAAGGUCUUUUCUAACCUAAAUGAUUCUAUAAUUCUAUGAAUUUAUAUUGGAUACCCAUGGCAUUAGUCAAAUGGUUGGAAUUUUAGUUAAAGCAGGUCUUGCCAAUUUGAGUGUUGGCCAUUGUGGCUGCUGUUUUGUUUUACAGGAAGUUAUCUACAGAUUAUUGGGUUCAGAUGGAUAAAGAAGAGUAACAGACUGCUAAAAUCAUGUGUUAUUAGUGUUUUUACAAAAAAUAAUCAAAUCUCUGCUUUUUAUUCAUAGAUAAAACAUGUCAAUCUUAAAGGCAAAAUAGAAAUAAUAAGGAAAAAGCUCAGUUGUACUGCUCCAUAGUACUGAAGCUGUAUAUCUAGGUGCUUUGUACUCACUGUAAUAUGGAUGUAAUCAAUUUACACUCUGUAACAUUAACAGUUUGCUUCCAUGGUAACUUUUUCUCUAAAAAGGCUUAGAAGGAGCACUGAAAGUCUUAUUGCAAAAGGACUGUAAACAGUAGAGAACAUUAUUUUCUCAUAUGAUUUUAAAUAUGCGGAAGAAAGCUAGCUGCCUGACAAACCUGUCUUAAAUUUUGUCUGUGUAUCUAAUGUCAUCCGUUGUCUCUGUUAAGAUAAUAUCUAUUUUUCUUUAUCUGGGAAACUGAUUGAAAGAUGGUUAUAGUAUGUUCAGUAUGAGAUGCUUACUAAGAACAACAAGAAAAGCCUUUGUAAGACUUUUCUGGGCUUAACUUUUAGUUCUCCUAUUGUGGUUUGAAACUCUGGGGAAAAACCAAACCAACUUGCUUGAACUUUCUCAUACGCAUUUACGUCAGUGUGCAUAUACAAUACAGAAACAUAUAAAAAUGGCAAUAUUUACUGUUCAUCUAUGCUGAAAGGCCUGAAGCCAUUUCUUUUCUCCUAACACUCUUUCAGCUUUGAAAUCAGUUGAUGCAUUGGUCUAUAAAUAUUAAUAAACCUGACUCUUUGGGGGGCUCUUGAAGUUCAUUCUUGUAAGCCAGAUUUUGAUGUCAAAUGUUGUUAGAUUCAUUGGUUUAAUGUUCUUCUUGCAGUUCUUGGUCAUAGAAAAGACAAGUCAGCAUGCAAUUUUUCCAUUUAAGGAUUCAAAGAUAGUUUAUUAAUCUACUAAGGGCAAACCCUGGUAAUAUUGAAAACUCUAUUUUGACUAUUAACUCUGAUUAAUCAUACUUGCAUUCUCUCUUAUCUGGCUAACUUGAAGACACUUCCAAAUUACAAAUAAAUUCUUCACUUAAAAAUAAAAAUAAUUGUAAUGUUGAAGCCUUGAAUAUAGUUCAUAACCAAAGCAAGGGGAAAGUGGGGUUUUGUGAUGUUUUUUUCUUUUUCUGGGGCAAGAUGGGGGUAUAGAUUAGAGUACAUGGUACUGCUUAAAUUGAGUUGGUUUUUUUUUUUUUUUUUUUUCCAGGUUCUCUGCUAAUUGUAUUGCUAAAAUGCACUUUUGUAUAGAAUACUGUCCUUUGUACAUUCUGUAUCUACUUUACACAAUGUUUAUAGAGAUUUUUCUGAAGUUGUGAAGGAUUUACUGAAAGCUGCAAUGCUGGUGACUGAUGCUGUUGACUUCAAGUUUUCAUUGUAUUUGCAAAUAGUUAUGUGCAUAUUGAAGUACAGGUUGGAAUUAAAAUUGAUGACAUAGCAAA